AGUCAACGCUCUUACACAAAGUCAAAGGAACGAGCUGAAUCAAGCAAUUAUGUUUCUUCUCUGUUCACUUCUCGAUUUAGGGUUCUUAGGCUCGCAAUAACUUCUUGAAUCGAUUGAUCUUCAACGAACCCAAUCAAAGGCCGAAUCAAUCGCUUCUGGAAAUUCAGACGUACCCAACAGAAGGCAGAAUCGAUCGCGUCUGGAUUCGCGUCUGGAUUUGCGUCUGGGAUUGCGUUAAUGGCGAUAAGGUCUCUUCAUCUUCACCGACAUCGUCUGGAGAAAGGUGAUUCUGGAAAUGCUCUCUCCGUUAGCCGCCUAUUGAGUAUCUGUUUCUGGGUACGAGCUUUUUGUGAUUACCGAAACAUUUUGCGGAGCAAUCUUCACUCUCUUCAGUUCAAUAAAGCUCUGGAUUUGUUCACUCACAUGGUCGAGUCUCGUCCUCUACCCUCCAUUGUCGAUUUCACAAGAUUGUUGACUGCUAUUUCCAAAAUGAAGAGAUUCGAUGUCGUGAUCAAUCUCUGCGAGCAUCUGCAAAUGGUGGGAAUUUCACAUGAUCUCUACAGUUGCAAUCUUCUGAUGAAUUGUUUCUGCCAAUCUUCUCAGCCUUCUCUCGCUUCAUCUUUUCUUGGGAAGAUGAUGAAACUUGGUUUCGAGCCUGACAUUGUCACUUUCACCUCUCUGAUCAAUGGGUUCUGCCUCAGGAAUAGAAUCGACGAUGCAAUGUCUAUGGUUAAUCAGAUGAUGGAGAUGGGAAUGAAACCUGAUCUUGUGAUGUACACUACAAUCAUUGAUAGUCUUUGCAAAAACGGGCAUGUGGAUAAUGCGUUAAGCCUUUUCGACCAAAUGGAAAACAAUGGGAUUGGACCGAAUGUUGUCACCUACACCUCUCUCGUAAACGGUCUUUGUAACUCUGGUCGAUGGAGUGAUGCUGCUGUGCUACUGAGCGACAUGAUGAAAAGGAAUAUACACCCUGAUGUAAUCACUUUCAAUGCGUUGAUCGAUGGGUUUGUGAAAGAAGGAAAGCUUUUGGAGGCUGAGGAACUGUACAGCGAGAUGAUUCAAAUGUCUGUAGCUCCUGAUAUUUUCACUUACACGUCAUUGAUCAAUGGGCUUUGCAUGGAAGGUCGCGUUAAUGAGGCCAAAGAAAUGUUCUGUUUGAUGGAAUCCAAGGGUUGCUUUCCAGAUGUAGUGGCUUAUACUUCUCUCAUAAACGGGUUUUGCAAAUCCAAAAAGGUAGAGGAUGGGAUGAAAAUCUUGUCCGAGAUGUCUCAGAAAGGUUUACUCGGUAACACAAUCACUUACACCAUUCUUAUUCAAGGUUUUUGUCAAGUGGGCAAACAUAAGGUCGCCCAAGAAGUUUUUAGUCAGAUGGUUUCUCGUGGCGUGCCUCCAAAUAUUAGGACCUACAACGUUUUGUUACAUGGUCUAUGUUUGAAUGGGAAGCUAGAUAAAGCGCUGAUGAUAUUUGGGGAUAUGCAAAAGAGAGAGACGGAUAUUAGUAUUAUUACGUAUACCAUCAUCAUUCAAGGGAUGUGCAAAGCUGGUAAAGUGAAAGAUGCUGUUGAUUUAUUCUGUAGCCUCUCCUCUAAAGGAGUGAAACCUAAUGUUGUAACAUACACUACACUGAUAUCGGGAUUGUUUAGGGAAGGGUUAAAGCUCGAAGCUCACGUGUUGUUUAGGAAGAUGAAAGAAGAUGGGGUUUUGCCAAAUAGGUGACAGUUCUAUUGAGAAGUUGAGUGGUUUCAGUUUCAGCUUGUGAUAGGGCACAGAGGUUGCAUCCUCUGUUAGCAUCUGUUGCAUGCGUGCGUGGAAAGAUGAUUCAGGCUGGGUUGAUUCCUGAUCAUUUCACAUUUACAUCUAUGAUUCUGGUUAGGAUUUUCAAGGAGAUGACUCAUAGAUGGGAUGUCGCCGAGAUGAAGUUUCCUACAUCCAAUUUUAGGCACUGUCUUUGUGAUGCGGAAGGAUUGAUGAAACUAUGAGCUUGUUUGUGGAAAUGAUCAUAGUAUUGAGGAGUUUGGCCCUAUGCUUCGACUAAACGCAUAUGAUGGUGCAGUUGCAGUUUGUGAUGAGGCACAGAACAGGAUGUAUCUUCCUGUAAGCACAUGUCGGUGGUUUCAAAUUUUCAAGAAGAUGCCUCAGGUAAGCUCCCGUAGAGAUGAAGUUUCAUACACCCAACUUACUGCAGUCUUUGUGAAGCUGUGAGAUUGUUUAUACAUACUGCAUUGGUAGUAAAAAAAAGGACUUUGUUACAAGAAUGUGCACAAAGUAAUGAGGAGGCUUCUUAAUGAGAUGCUUGACUUCAAAAUCUGGUAACUUUACAAUUCAGAAGUUGUUGAACAGUGUAAACACAUUUAUAUAGUGAAUAUAGAUUGAUUUCUGUAAACAUGUGUGGAUGCUAAGGCAUGCCACUUGAAAAAGAAAAAAACAUUUGUAUUCUUUUGUCCCCUUUCUAAUUGAAAAUCAAAAGUCUAAAAUGACAAAGAUGUUCUCUUAUUGGCUUGAUCGAUGAAUAACGCAAAGCUAUGAUCAGAUUGCACAUCGUUGUACUUAAAGACUGAAAAAGAAAAGCAGAGUAAAAACAGAGAAGCAGAAAAGUUGACAUCUUUGCAGAGACGGUUUGACUCUGUUUGGUUUUUAAUCAUUAAACGACGCCGUUGUGAGAUUUAAACGUUUCACCGUAUAAAGCUUCUUUUUUUAUAUCGUCGUCGAUGAUUCUCCGGUUUGCGUCGUCCGUCUUCUUCUUUCAUGGCGCUGAAAUUUCACCAGCAGAUUAUAUCGGACCUUCUCGAGGACUCUAAUGGCGGAUUAGUGAUCCUCUCUUCAGGUCUCUCCCUCGCUAAGUUAAUCGCUAAUUUCCUUCUCCUUCACUCACCGUCCCAAGGAACCCUGCUUCUCCUCCUCUCUCCCGCCGCUCAAUCCCUCAAAUCCAGAAUCCUCCAUUACAUCUCCUCCCUCGAUUCUCCUCUUCCGACGGAGAUCACAGCCGAUCUCCCGGCGAACCAGCGUCACUCGCUCUACUCCUCCGGCAAUCCUUUCUUCAUCACGCCGCGGAUUCUAAUCGUCGAUCUCCUCACUCAACGGAUUCCGGUUUCUUCACUCGCGGGGAUCUUCAUCCUCAACGCGCAUUCACUUUCCGAAACCUCUACGGAAGCCUUCAUCGUGCGAAUCGUUAAAACCCUAAAUGGCUCCGCCUAUGUACGCGCCUUUUCCGAUAAACCGCAAGCCAUGGUCUCCGGCUUCGCCAAGACUGAACGCACCAUGCGUGCUCUCUUCCUCCGCCGGCUCCAUCUAUGGCCCAGGUUUCAGUUGGAUGUGUCUCAGGAACUGGAGCGAGAACCGCCUGAGGUUGUGGAUAUAAGAGUUUCUAUGUCGAAUCACAUGGUGGGGAUACAGAAAGCAAUCAUUGAAGUCAUGGACGCUUGCCUCAAGGAGAUGAGGAAGACUAACAAAGUCGAUGUGGACGAUUUGACUGUUGAGAGUGGGUUGUUCAAGUCCUUUGACGAGAUUGUGAGGAGGCAGCUUGACCCCAUUUGGCAUACUCUGGGGAAAAGAACCAAACAGCUUGUUUCUGAUUUGAAGACUUUAAGGAAGUUGCUUGACUAUCUUGUUAGGUAUGAUGCUGUGAGUUUUCUGAAGUUCUUGGAUACGCUCAGGGUAUCGGAGAGCUAUCGAUCUGUUUGGUUAUUUGCAGAGUCCAGCUACAAAAUAUUUGAUUUUGCAAAGAAGCGAGUGUAUCGUCUCACGAAGGCAAGCGACGUCAAGUCGAAAGAAGAUGUUAAGAAUACAAGUGGUAAAAAGAGAAAGUCAAAGAGCGAUAAUGCCUCUGUAGAAGCAGUUGGUAGUGCAACGGCUACUAAUGUAGCUAAUGGUGUUGUUCUUGAAGAAGUUCUAGAAGAGGCACCAAAAUGGAAAGUCUUACGUGAGAUAUUAGAAGAGACACAAGAAGAAAGACAAAAGCAGACACUUUCUGAGGAAGAAGACAACAAUGGAAUAGUUCUUGUGGCUUGCAAAGAUGAGCGUUCCUGCAUGCAACUUGAAGAUUGCAUCACAAACAAUUCACAGAAGGUAAUGCGGGAAGAGUGGGAAAUGUACCUGCUGAGCAAAAUUGAGAUCCGCAAUGUGCAGACACCGCAAAAGAAGAAACAAAAGACUCCAAAGGGUUUUGGGAUUCUUGAUGGAGUAGUUCCUGUAACUACAAUGCAGAGCUCGGAGGGUAGCAGUGUUGGCAGACUAGAACAUGAGGCUCUUAUGGCUGCUGCGUCUUCUAUUCGCAAGCUAGGAAAGAUAACUGAUAUUGCAUCUGGAAAUAAGAAUCCAGAGCCGCACGCUGAUAAGGCUUCUUGUACCAAAGGAAAAGGUAAAAAGGAAUCACCAAGUCUUCGGAGAUCCAUAAGAAGUUGCAAUAAGAAAACAGCGAAUAGUGAACCCGAAGUCUUAGUAAGCUCAGAGAAUGAAGACAACGCUAGUGAAGCUAGCACAUCAGGCCCUCGAGUAGCCAAUGAUGUUCACUCCAGCAGGGACCAGAAGCUACCGCCUGUGCAUUUUUAUGCCUUGGAAAGCGACCAACCUAUACUAGAUGUCUUGAAACCGUCUGUGAUCAUUGUUUACCAUCCUGACAUGGGCUUCGUCAGAGAAAUUGAGGUGUACAAAGCAGAGAACCCUUUGAAAAAGCUGAAAGUUUAUUUUCUUUUCUAUGAUGAAUCCACAGAAGUGCAGAAGUUCGAAGCAAGCAUACGCCGGGAAAAUGGAGCGUUUGAAUCAUUAAUCAGGCAGAAGUCCUCGAUGAUGAUUCCCGUCGAUCAGGAUGGGCUUUGCAUCGGUUUGAAUUCAUCUACUGAUUAUCCAGCUUCAAGUACUCAAAACUCACUAACCCGAAAAGCUGGCGGAAGAAAGGAAAUCGAAAAAGAAACACAGGUAAUAGUUGACAUGAGGGAGUUCAUGAGCAGCCUACCAAAUGUUCUUCACCAGAAAGGCAUGAAGAUAAUACCGGUUACACUAGAGGUCGGCGACUAUAUCCUUUCCCCUUCGAUAUGCGUAGAGAGGAAAAGCAUUCAGGAUCUUUUCCAGAGCUUCACAUCAGGUCGUUUAUUCCACCAAGUCGAAAUGAUGUCCCGGUAUUACAGAAUACCCGUUCUUCUCAUCGAGUUCUCUCAAGACAAAAGCUUCUCCUUUCAGUCUGCGAGUGAUAUAUCUGACGAUGUAACUCCAUAUAACAUCAUAUCAAAACUAUCACUGCUAGUUCUGCAUUUUCCUCGGUUAAGGAUAUUAUGGUCUCGAAGUCUACAUGCGACCGCAGAGAUCUUCACCACCUUAAAAUCCAACCAAGACGAGCCAGAUGAAGCCCGGGCAAUAAGAGUUGGUGUGCCUUCAGAAGAGGGUAUCAUAGAAAAUGACAUCAGAGCGGAAAACUACAACACAUCAGCAGUAGAGUUUCUGAGAAGGCUUCCUGGAGUUUCAGACGCUAAUUACAGGUCGAUAAUGGAGGAAUGUAAGAGUUUGUCUGAGCUCGUGUCUUUGCCUGUGGAGAAACUAGCACAACUCAUGGGUGGUCUCAAAGCUGCGAAGAGUCUCAGAGAGUUUCUUGACGCUAAGUAUCCGACUUUGCUCUAAGAAAGAGGGUAACACUAAUUAAUUCACACAAAGCCUGCUUAGUUCUUUCUUGUUCAUCCUGUUGUAGAUUAGAAAAUAACAUUCUCCAUUGAUAAUUUGUGGAUCUGAUUAUUCUGUUGUGACAAUUACACUAGUGACCAUACUCUGAUUGUAUUAAUACUUGUUUUUCAUAUAAUUACACAUUCUUCGGUCUUAAAAGGUAAAAAUUGUGAGAAUUUGGACA